UCCACAUUAUCCAGCAUUCCCAUGUCAGGGUAUCUUAUUGAAGACAAGGUCAUCUCCUACAAUGCGUGUGCUGCUCAGAUGUUCUUUUUUACAUUCUUGGGUACUGCGGAAUGUUACCUCUUGGCUUUAAUGGCCUAUGACCGCUACGCAGCAGUGUGUAAACCCCUCCAUUAUACCACCAUGAUGACGACAAGUGUGUGUGCUCGUCUGGCCAUAGGCUGUUACGUCAUUGGUUUUCUGAAUGCUUCCAUCCAAACUGGAGACACCUUCUGCCUCUCUUUCUGUGAGUCCAACGUGAUCCAUCACUUUUUCUGUGAUAUUCCAGCAGUCAUGACUCUGACUUGCUCUGGAAAGCACAUUAGUGAGCUGAUUCUUGUUCUUAUUUCAAGCUUUAAUGUCUUUUUUGCACUUUUUGUUAUCUUGAUAUCCUACCUGCUCAUAUUUAUCACCAUCUUGAAGAUGCACUCAGCUGAGGGAUAUCAGAAGGCUUUAUCUACCUGUGGCUCUCACCUCAUUGCCGUUUCCUUAUUCUAUGGAACUGUUAUCAUCAUGUACUUACAGCCCGGCUCCAGUCACUCCAUGGACACAGACAAAAUUGCAUCUGUGUUCUAUACUAUGGUUAUCCCCAUGCUGAACCCUAUGGUCUAUAGCUUGAGAAACAAGGAGGUCAACAGUGCGUUCAAGAAGGUUGUAAAGAAGGCAAAACGUUCUCUAGGUUUACUCUUCUAA